AGGUCUGCGUUGCAAUGGCGGAGUUGACUCUGGGCGCGGCCAAGACAUCUGAUUCAGUCAUUGGCAAACGAUUAUUCCAGAAAUCCCAGAAUACAUCCCGUAUUCUGCUACGCUGUUCCUAUCCACCAUCUCAUAUCAUCCGGAAGCAAAAAGGAACGGGGAAAGAAGCAAGCAAAGCAACCGAGUGGCGAGACAAAAGUGGGGAUGUGUGGGGAGACAAGGGCCUUGACAGGCCGGUGUGCCGUCCGAUAUUAACAGUUCUGGCAUUGUCUCCGAUACCUGAUACCGAUGAUUCUGGCUGAGAUCACCCAAGACUUUCCUGUCUGUUAUCUGUGCAUGUGCAAUACCCCCCGAUAUCCGGCUCGCGAGUUAAAAGCCCCGCUGCCUCCCUCCUGUCUUUUUUAAUUGCUGCCCUCUCAGUGCUACUUCAUACCUAGAACAUUCAGCGAUGGCUAAACAGGCUUCUUUUGAAGUCUCCGAGAUUCCUACCGACUACGCCGAAAACCCCUCCGGCGGGUUCUGGUCCAAUCUCCACCAACGAGUCGUUCUCGACCACCACGACAAAGAUCGGCAGAGCAACAAAGAUCUCGACCCCGUCCCCGCGGAAGGCAGGACCUGGUCUGGCUUGGACUACGUGACCUACUGGAUUUCCGACAACUUUUCCCCCUCAGGCUGGCGUAAGGCCUCGUCGUUGAUGGCAAUCGGCAUGUCCUGGCGCACAGCGCUGGUCAACGUCGCCAUUUCAGAGGUGAUCAUCGGCGUGGUCGUCACGAUCAACGGAUACGUUGGCGCAAAGUACCGGAUCCCGUUCUCGAUCCAGGCGCGCGCGUCGUUCGGGUACUACUUUGCGUACUUGAUGAUUCUCAUGCGAUGUAUCGUCGGCAUCUUUUGGUACGGAAUCAGCACCUAUACCGGUGCAGAAUGUGUCCGGUCGAUGAUUUACGCGAUCUGGCCCUCGUUCCACAACGUAAAGAACCAGCUUCCGGAGAGCGCAAACAUCGAUACGCAAUUCAUGAUUUCCUACUUUAUCUACUACAUCACCGUCCUGCCGCUGCACUUGGUGCCAAUCUCGAAAAUCCGCUGGCUGUUCACCAUCAAGGCCGUCACGACGCCAAUCAUCGGCUUCGGCAUGAUGGGCUGGACCAUCAAGAACGCCGGGGUCGGCAACAACUCGCUCUGGACGCAGGGAAACACCGUCCACGGAAGCGCGCUCAGCUGGGCGUUCAUGCAGGGCCUCUACUCCAACAUUGGCGGCUGGGCGACCUUGGCCAUCAACUCGCCCGACUUUACACGCUACUCAAAGAAAGUCAGCAACACGUACUGGAUGGCGAUCGCGCUGCCGUUCACUGCGACCUUGAUUUGCUUCUUUGGCGUCGUCGGCGCGGGCGGGUCGAAAGUCCUCUACGGCGAGAUUCUCUGGGACCCUCUUCUUUUUGUCGACAGGUGGACUUCCAAAGGUGGUCGUGCUGCCGCCUUCUUCUGCGCGCUCGGCUUCUACCUCGCGCAGGCGGCCGCGAACGUUUCUGCGAACUCGAUCUCGGCCGCGAAUGACCUCAACUGCAUGUUUCCUCGGUACAUCAACAUCCGCCGCGGCCAGAUUCUCGUCUCGUUGCUCGGCGGAUGGGCGCUGACGCCCUGGAACAUUAUGACCUCCGCCGCUAGUUUCCUGUCGUUCAUGUCGGGCUACACGAUCUGGCUUGCGCCCAUCUGCGGAAUUUUGAUCUCGGACUUUUACUUUGUGCACAAGCGCAGGUACGACGUCUGGGAACUGUACAAUCCCCACGGCAUCUACCGCUACAACAAAUACGGCACCAACUGGCGCUCCUUCGUCGCCUUCUUCAUCGGCUGGGUUCCCCUUCUCCCGGGCUUUCUUCCCAAAGUGAACGCAAAGAUCUCGAUGAUCCAACCGAUGAUCAACUUCUACUACUGUGGAUACUUCUACGGCCUGCUUGCGCCGAUGCUGAGUUAUUACCUGCUGUGCCUCGUUGUGCCUGCGAAGGAGACGAUGAUUGAGCAUGCGGUGUAUUGCGAUGAUUUGCUGAUUGCGAGAGAUGUCGAGGAGAUUGCGUCUGAGGGCGUCGAUUCGGACUCGUACGGCGAUCAGGAGAAGAAGACUCUGUAGCUGUUUAGUAUUUUGUUGCCUUCCUUUUAUCAUUCUGCCCUUAUUUGAUUAUCAUGUUUCUUGAGGUUGUAGCAAAUCGUAUCUUGAAUUACCUCUUAUGGUACCCGUACCCUGCGCAAGAUGUUCAAAUAGUAAACCAUUAGUUUUAAAUUCGGAAUCUCCAGUCUCGAGUAAAAACUCGUCGGCAAGUAUUGCUCAUAAAAUAGAUCUAUAACCAAGUCCAGAAGUGGACCGGGUGUCGUACAUCGGCUUUUCUAUCAGCUUAGUCAUAAUGCGCAUAAGCACGAACUGCAAACCUUAAAAAAAAUCUCCCUCGAAAACUCCCAUCCCAACGCGCUUUGUACAUUUUUUCUAACACAUUUCCACCAGUCAGUCGUCGAAGUUGACCCCCCGGCAGAAUCCUCUGCACUUUC